ACAUGGCCGGGCGUCCGGGGGGCUCCGUCCCCUUCCAGGAUUCAGAGCAUUCCUCACUCCAGAAUAAUGACCAACCCUCUUUGGCCACCCCCUCCAGUCAGUCCAGCAUACAGGAUGAACAACGGACUGAUUCAUUCCAAGGAGAGGCAGCCCAAUCCGAUGUCUGGAAUGAUGGCAGUAUGCCAGGGCCUAGUCAAAAUGUUGAAGCUGAGUCAAUUGAAGAUAUUGUGGAUAUGGAUGAAGACACAGGUUUCUACCCCUCAGAACCAAUGCUCUGCAGUGAAUCAGAGGAAGGGCAAGUGCCCCAUUCAUUAGAGACCCUGUAUCAGUCAGCUGACUGUUCUAGUCCCAGUGAUGCCUUGAUAGUAUGCAUUCAUCUUCUCAUGUUGGAGUCGGGUUACAUACCUCAGGGGACUGAAACCAAAGCUAUUUCCAUGCCAGAGAACUGGAAAUCGGGAGGAGUGUAUAAGCUGCAGUACACGCAUCCUCUCUGCGAGGGCGGCUUUGCUGCUCUCACCUGUGUGCCUUUGGGAACCCUAGUCGUCAUAAAUGCUACACUAAAAAUCAACAGUGAGAUUAGAAGUGUGAAAAGAUUGCAGCUGCUGCCAGAAUCUUUUAUUUGCAAAGAGGAACUAGGGAAAAAUGUAGCCAACAUCUACAAAGAUCUUCAGAAACUCUCUCGCCUGUUCAAAGACCAGCUGGUGUAUCCUCUUCUGGCUUUUACCCGACAAGCACUGAACCUCCCAGAUGUAUUUGGGUUGGUAGUCCUUCCAUUGGAGCUGAAACUACGGAUCUUCCGACUUUUGGACGUUCGUUCUGUCCUGUCUUUGUCUGCAGUUUGUCGUGACCUCUUUAUCGCGUCAAAUGACCAACUUCUGUGGAGGUGUUUAUAUCUGCGGGACUUUCGAGAUGGUACUGUUAGAGUUCGAGACACAGAUUGGAAAGAAUUGUACAAGAAGAAGCACAAACAAAGAAAAGAAGCGCAGAGAAUUCGGCAUAUGAUGUUCCUGCCACCGUCGUCACCCCACCCCAACCCAUUCUACCCCAAUCCCUUCCACCCCAGGCCUUUCCCUCCCAGCUCGCUCCUUCCUCCAGGAAUUAUUGGUGGUGAAUUUGAUGAAAGACUAACACUUCCCUAUGUUGGGAACCCAAUCAAUUCACUCAUCCCUGGGCCUGGGGCGGCACCCGGCCAGUUCCCUCCACUCAGACCACGUUUUGACCCAAUUGGCCCACUUCCAGGACCUAACCCCAUCCUGCCAGGGCGAGGUGGCCCCAACGACAGAUUUCCCUUCAGACCCAACAGGGGUCGGCCAACUGAUAGCCGGCUACCGUUCAUGUGAUUGAUUCGCAGCCCCACUCUGGAGCUUGUUUGGUUUUGUUUCUUAAAACUACAGCUGUCAUCUUGUCGGGUUGCUGACCUCUAGUGUUUUCUGAUUGCGGCGGUGAGGAAUGUACUCACACAAGCCUUUCAGUAGAUGUAUUUAAAGCUCCAGGGGUGGCGAGGCCCAAAGGUUACUUCAUGACAAGGUUGGCCUUGGGAAUAGUUGGCUACUGACUUCCCUCUAGAAUGAAGGUUGUUCACCGAUAAUGUUCUGUACCAGAUUUUUAAAAAUUAAGUAUAAAUUA